CGAAGUGGCAGUAGUAAAAGUUGUGUACUGUGUAGUAUAACUUGUGAAGCUUUGGCGGUGUAGUGAGGUUAGCCUGAAAGCGUGGUGUACCCGCUAGCUAUUAUUGUUAUUAGAAUUUGCCGUUCGCCAUGAAAUUCUGAGCCACUGUUAGAAUUCGUGGAGACAUUAACGUGCGAUAAUGGAUAUUCCGUCUUUGCCGGAUGGGGUAUCAGUUUAUUCUGCGUUCAUAGCACUGCACAGAAUCCAGCUUGAAUCAUCUGCUGUACCAGAUCGUUACUGGAAAACGCUGUGCAGAAAACUAUACCAUCAAAUAUUUGACGCAGGGAAUACUUUUUCUGUUGCACGGAUUGAAUAUGACGAGGACGACGAAAGUGGUGAUUAUGUUAACACUUACAGACCACAGCAUCGUGUUUUCAUAUCGUGUGAAGCCGGCGUGGAUGCUUCAGACCCACAGCAUAUCUAUCUGAUUGAUCAUGCAUGGACGUACCGUGUUGAUUCCGCGAGGCAGAAUUUGAGAAGUAUACCGGCUUUGCUUGAUCGUAUGGCUCACUUGAUGGGUGUUCAGGAAUCCGCGGAUGAGCAUUCAGAGGUUCUGAUCAACAAGGUCUUCGACGAAAUGUGGAAAUUCAACCAAACAUACUCGGUUCCUUCGCGGGAUGACAUUGAAGAAAGCAUGCCAGUUUGGUAUGUGAUGGACGAGUUUGGUUCUGCAAUCCCGCACUCUGAUAAUCCGACGUUUAGGACUGUGCCAUUUAUUUUCCUACCCGACCAGAUCACGUACACACUGUUAUUUCCUAUUGAAAAUGUGGAUUAUGGCGAAGAAGUAACAAGAGACUACAUUGAAAGUUCUCGAUACGAUUCCAAAACUAGAGAUGCACUUCUAAUUCCAUGGGUGCCAAAAUCAUUUCUUUCAGAACCUUUCCAACAUUCAGAACCAGAUAGUGCGUAUUUCUUGCAAGGGCAUACGGCAGAAACAUUGCCAAACGCAUCAAAAAUUGCGACAGUCAGUGUCACUUCAAAGGAUAAGAUACUAGUUUUUUCUCAGUAUGCUUAUGUUAAUGAUUAUCUCACGCAUCCUAAAUUUGAAAUAACCCACGACGAGGAAAAUGCAGACAUCCUGUGGUAUACUCAACAUUUCAAAGACUUCAAGGAAUUCAGUCAAUCGUGUUCUGAAAAAUUUGUAAAUCAAUUUCCAUUUGAACACGUAAUAACAGUUAAAGACCUCCUUGCCAUUGUGUGUCGUCGGGCGGCCAAGGAAAGUGGCAGUGUUUGCGAAGACACACUAGUAACGUACCCAGUUUGGCUACCAACUACAUACAACUUAAAGACAGAGCUACCUAAAUUUGUGUCUUACUAUCAGCACAGGGCAGAGAAGGGUCUAGAUAACCAUUGGAUAUGCAAACCAUUUAAUCUUGCGAGAGGUUUGGACACACACAUUACAGACAAUUUGAACUAUAUCUUAAGACUUCCAUUAAGUGGACCAAAAAUAGCACAGAAGUACGUUGAGGAUCCUGUACUUUUUCAAAGACCCGAUUGUGGAGCUGUGAAAUUUGAUUUAAGAUAUGUUCUGUUAGUCAAGAGUAUAAAACCAUUAUCAGCAUUUGUAUAUCGAAAUUUUUUCUUGCGAUUUGCAAACAAACCAUUUGAUUUAAAUAAUUUGGAUGACUAUGAGAAACACUUCACUGUUAUGAAUUACAAUGAAAAUGCAACACUCUAUCGAAUGCUGUGUGAUGAUUUUGUUGUGAAAUUUGAGCAACAGUAUCCUAGUGUAUCCUGGAAAGAAAUAGAAGAAAAAAUAUUUUCCUUAUUUAGAGAGAUGCUCAGUGCAGCAUCAAGUAAAAUGCCCCCUGCUGGAAUAGCAUAUAGCCCCCAGUCGAGGGCUGUGUAUGCAGCAGACCUUAUGUUGGCUUGGCAGACAGAUUCCAAUGACAGAAAAUCCAUGCAGCCGAAGCUACUGGAGGUGAAUUGGACACCUGACUGCAAAAGAGCUUGUGAAUACUAUCCUGAUUUUUAUAAUGAUAUUUUUUCUGUGCUUUUCUUGGAUGAUGUUAAUGAGAUAAAAUUUGCAUGCUUGAAAUGACACAUGCUAAGAAAUAUUUCAGAAAUUAAAUCACAUACCCCAGUUCAAAUUAAAUUGUUAACAGUGAUAUUUUUGAAUGUAGCCUACAUGUCUUGACAUUUCAGCAGAAUUGUCAGAUAAUGAGUUUAGUCUGGAAGCUCAGGCCAUCCCUUGGUCAGUCCAAGAUUUUUUUUUGUCCUGGCACGACUCACUUCAUACUUUUAUAGUCUAGUGUGUUCAUAUGCUGUAUUGGAAGUAAUCCUGUAAUUCAUUGGAUGUGCUUAUUUUGACAGAAGAGAGAAGCAGGUAUGGAAUGAGACAUCGGCUAAUAAAAACUACCUGUUGUUGAAACCAACCUUCAGGUCAAUUAUAAUUUUAACCUUUUUUAUGUAAAUAGUCUGUACAUUGAAAUAGUGCUUGAAGAUGUGAAUAUGAAACCUGAGUCCUCUAUAUUUUUGUAUUCAUACUAAAUCAGGUCUCUCUUCACCAUGUCACGACAUACUGUGAAGGAAACUGUAAGGCAUAGGCCUACAGUUUUAUACAUAAUACCCACUGAAAUACCUGUGGAAGAUUUCUUCAUUAUGUAAUACAACAUUUUGCUUCCACUUUUAGUUAUUUAUAAUAACUAUGAUAAUAAUAUUAAAUUCAGAGAGAAUGUUGGCAACAAUGGACUGUUUCUGAAAUUAGAAAUGACCUAACCAGUCUCAAAGCAGGGUUAACAUGUCAUCCGAAUGACAUGUAUUCAGUGUGGAGCAAGUGUUGCACGUGACAAGCAAAGACACCUUUGUUCUUGCUACAGGUCAUUUUGCUACCAACACCUUCAAUUCACAUUCACAUUUUUUUUGGUUUCACCAAUUCAUAACUAAAUUGUCACUUUACACCUUCACAUAGACAAAUGGCCAUCCACAGCAGAUACUUCGCUCACCUCAUCCAAGAUUGAGGAAAGGUGGUGGAGUGGUUAUGUACUACCACAUUUGAACCAAAUUUUCUUUACCACUAGCUUCUCCUCCCUCGAGGCACUGUUUGCACCAAUUUUAGAAACACCACUGAUUGCACUGUUUGUUUCAGACUAUUGAAUGCACUAUCAGUUUUAAACAUAAUUAACUCACUCUGGUAUAACUUCAAACUGUGGAUAUUUUUUUAAAAACUCCUGAGAGCCUUGACAUCUGCUCAAGUAGAGUCUGUCUCAUAAUACAGAUUUUGACUGUUUGCACUAUACAGGCAGCUUGCCGUCAUUAAUUGGCCUGUGAGGUGUGUGUGUGUUCUUUCUGCUUUUGUAGUUUCUCUGCCUCUUAACUUUAAGAAAAGAUUUUCUGUAUUGAUUUGUUAUUUUAAGAUUACUUAAAUUUCUUUAGAAUGUGCUACUUGGAGAAUUGCAGUCAGAGUCCACAUUAAAUUGUCUCCCUCUAUAACUAGCAGGUAAAAGCCAGUCCAUGGAUCAGGGGAAGCAAGUGUAUUUCACCUUCAAUACGAUUAUGUCUAGGAAAACACUGUAGUGUUGAAACCAACAUCUUUACAUCAAAACUUUUAAUCAACAACUAGGUUGUUAUUACAGCCAUUCUGUCGUGUAUCUUUCCUCAAGUGGACGAGAGACCAGCAAUGUAUGCAAGAAUGUCCGUGAAGACAUAGGAGAGAGGUCUUGAUAGAAUAGAGCUUUGGUGCUGGUAAACAGAGGUGUACUGUUGUUUUCUGAGAUGCUGCUAUGUUGUCUUGCUAAAGGCAUAAUCCAGGUUUCUGUAAAAUUCUGACUUAAAAUUUUAAUCUGUUAGAGAGGCUUGUUGCAGGAUACACUAUGCUUCACAGUGGGAGCCUCCUUAUUUCUCACUGUUAUUUUUUGAUUCAGCUGUCAUCAACUCUCAUAUGCCAGAUAAGUGUUUUACUUCUGUAACAUAACUUUAAAACAAAUCUCAGGACAGCAGUCGUGCAACAUUAGAAACUGUACUUUGAACCAAACGAAUGAAAAAUAAAAAGUAAUAUAUGCACACACAAUUCAAAUGAACAACUUGAAAAGUUCACAUGAAAAUUAAGUAGUUCAGUCAUUACUUGUCGGGAAGAAU